AUGCUGCAGCAACACCACAUGCGAUCGCUCGCCUCACAGCAGUGCCGGCUCUCAGUGGGUGACUUCCUAUUAACAACACUCUCGUUACCACAUGCCCUCCGAAUUCCAGUGGCUCUUCGUCUUGCUGCCUCAAUCCUCUUCUAUUACUUGUGCAUUUGUGGCGAAAUAGAGGCUGACGGGUACUGCCUCGGUGCCCACACCAAGCAGCAGCAGGCAGAGGAGGGCAGGACAGGCCUCGGUGCCUACAUCAAGCAGCAGCAGGCAGAGGAGGGCAGGACAGGCCUCGGUGCCUACAUCAAGCAGCAGCAGGCAGAGGAGGGCAGGACAGGCCUCGGUGCCUACAUCAAGCAGCAGCAGGCAGAGGAGGGCAGGACAGGCCUCGGUGCCUACAUCAAGCAGCAGCAGGCAGAGGAGGGUAGGACAGGCCUCGGUGCCCACAUCAAGCAGCAGGAGGCAGAGGAAGGCGGGGCUGGCCUCGGUGCCCACACCAAGCAGCAGCAGGCAGAGGAGGGGGAGACAGGCCUCGGUGCCUACAUCAAGCAGCAGCGGGCAGAGGAGGGCGGGACAGGCCUCGGUGUCUUCAUCAAGCAGCAGCAGACAGAGGAGGGUGGGGCAGGCCUCGGUGCCCACAUCAAGCAGCAGCAGGCAGAGGAGGGCAGGACAGGCCUCGGUGCCUACAUCAAGCAGCAGCAGGCAGAGGAGGGCAGGGCAGGCCUCGGUGCCUUCAUCAAGCAGCAGCGGGCAGAGGAGGGCGAGACAGGCCUCGGUGUCUUCAUCAAGCAGCAGCAGACAGAGGAGGGUGGGGCAGGCCUCGGUGCCCACAUCAAGCAGCAGCAGGCAGAGGAGGGCAGGACAGGCCUCGGUGCCUACAUCAAGCAGCAGCAGGCAGAGGAGGGCAGGGCAGGCCUCGGUGCCCACAUCAAGCAGCAGCAGGCAGAGGAGGGCGGGACAGGGCUCGGUGCCUUCAUCAAGCAGCAGCAGACAGAGUAG